UGGGGUUUGGUGUAAAUCUAGGGUGUAUUGCUGUCAUAUAUCACGCUACCUCGUAAAAACGACACUGAGGAUUCUGGGCCAACAAAUCAGAGAGAAAAAAUAUGAGUUCUUAUUAUGUGGAUGGUCUUCUUAGCAAAUCUCCGGCGGGUGGUUCCCCGUUCCCAAACGCAGAUCGAGCGUCCUGCGGCAUUGGACCCGGUGGAGACAGCCAUGGCUCCUCUCGGACUGCUGCGGCCAUCGCAUUUGCACCGUCCCUCUCUGGAGUUUACAGCGUCAACAAUGUGGUGUACCAAAGCCACCCGGUGUUCACCUCGGGCUACGGCCAGCGGCAGGACGCACACGUUCUGCACUGCAGCCCGUUUGACCAGAGCCGCCUGUUCAGCGACAGCUGCUGUCAUCCGGUGCCGGCACCCCUUACCUCGCCGCCGGACAAACAGCACCGGCUGUACCCCUGGAUGCGAGCAUCAGAUCCAAAUCGAAAGCGGGGGAGGCAGACCUACUCCCGGUACCAGACCCUGGAGCUGGAGAAGGAGUUCCACUUCAACCGGUACCUGACUCGCAGGCGCAGGGUGGAGAUCUCCCACGCCCUGUGCCUCUCCGAGAGACAGAUCAAAAUCUGGUUUCAGAACCGCAGGAUGAAGUGGAAGAAAGACCACAAGGACGAGCCGGAGUCGAAUCUCGGAGAAAAGCCCGGUGAUGCUCCGGUGGUGUCCGAGGCCGAGGAGCCCGAAACUGGAGACAGUCAGAGCGCGGAGUCAGAAACGGCUGCAAAGUAACGAAAGAGAAGGACAGAGAAUUAAAAGAAAAGGAAAAAACAGUAUGCUUGGGAUAUCUUUUCCUCACAUACCCAUACGUGCGUUCUGCUUUAUGGCUGAUUAACUGAAUGACAGCUGAAUGAAAGCAGAAUUAAAAAGCAGACUUCAAAUCUGCUUUUAAUAUUCAAACCCCAAAAUGUGUUUUAAAAAAGCUCCCAAUGAAAGAGCGGUGUUAACUACCUGUCUAGUCUGUAUUUUUAUAUAUGCAACAUGUAAUGAUUGUACUACUGAGUCAACAUUCCUUUAACGAAACACUACCUAAUAUUUUCCUUCCAUUUAUUUUAACACUGACACAAGAUAUUAAAGCUGAAAUUGAUUGAAAAUGUCCAAAAAAUACUCUACAGGGGGUUAUAUUUUCCCCAUGGAAGAAAUACAACUUUGUGCGCAAAUGUGCCUUAGUAUGGGUCGACUAAUUCAAAUUGAACGUUUAGUUACUUUUAUAAAAUUACUGAUAAUGGGUGCUAUACUUGAGUUAUCCCUCUCUAUUAUUUCAGUUAUUAUUUUACAGAAGCAUUUAGCUUUUCUGCGUCCCAGGACCGACGGAAAUAUCUCUUCAAUUCUUAUGUAACCUACCUCAGAUUCCCAGAACGUCAACCUGCUUAUGAUCGUGUAAACAGGAAUACACUGGUGUAAAUGUUUAGCUGUGUACUGUAAAAUACUGGCAUAAGAAGCCUCCAAUUUCAGGCUCUAAAAUUCAUACGUGUUGAGGGUGAUAAACGCAUGCACUGUAACUCUGAAACAUUUCAGUAUCACAUUCUUUUGUCAGUGUAAAAUGAGAAGGCUGUUCUAACCCACAAUGUGCAAAUACUGUGAUAUAUUUAGCUUCGGUGCUCUCGUUUCUAGUGUGAAGUAAACAAUAUAAAACAAUCUGUAAAUGCACACGUAAUCAUUCAAUAAAAAUAGCAUUUAUCUGUCUGUUUUUAUUCAACAUUUGCUCGCUUAAUAUUGUGUAACUGGAUUUCACGCACCGGUUGAAUAGCAAUUUCUUGCUCCCAGUCACCAGUUAUGACCAGAGUUUGGCUGCAUGUGAUGAGAUGCGUUACAGUCCAUUAUGAGGGUUAGGUAAACAGCGAAGUUGGGGAAUGUGAGCUAUGAGGAUGCGAGAUGGGACAG